GGGCAAUUGUGAUUUGAAAAUUGCCAUGGGGGAAAAUGAGUGGGAGGAAGGAUUGAGGCCAAUUGGGAAGAAAGGGGCCAACCCAGAGGCGGAUUGUGAUUUUGAAAUUGCCAUUAUUGUUGGUGGGUGGGGAAGGAUGGGUAAAUUGGAAAUGGGAAGGGAUAUUGAAAACNAAAAUACGAUAAGGGUGUUUGUGAGAAAUUCAAAUUUUAAAAGUAGAAGAAAAAGAGUUGACCUUCAAUUAUAUUUUAUGAGAUGAAGGUAGUAGUAAGAUUGACGACAUACUGUUCAUAUAAUAUUUCUAUAUUUUAAUAGUACAACCUCAGUCCAAAAAAUUUUUUUUUUAAACUUAAUAAAACUAUGCUAACAAAA